GGUCUGGCAAUCACGCGAGAAAUAAAUAAUAUAUCUUGCUGGCAGAAAAAGAUCUUAUAUUCUCUCGUCUUAGCUAACGGCACUUUUUUAAGUAACUUAUCGGUAAGUAAAGAAGCUAAGUUAGAGUUCUAUAGCACCGGUACAGACCCUCCAAACUCUGCCGCUCUGUCCUCCCUCCUCCUCUCUCUCUCUCUCCCCUCUCUUUUUCAAGCAGGUGAGUGCUCCAUGAGCUAGUCUCCACUGACCCAGAGUCCGGUCACCGCCCCCAUGGCUUCCCCUCUCUUAUUCCUCUUCUUUCUACUAUCCUCCAUCCCCGGUGGAGCACCGGAUCUGGUCUCCGACCGGGCCGCCCUCCUCGCCUUCCGCUCCUCCGUCGGCCCGGUGGUGCUCCCGUGGAAUGACUCCAUGACGCCGUGCUCGUGGCUGGGCGUAGCCUGCGACGCUGGCCGCGUGACCGUCCUCCGUCUCCCUGCCGUUGGCCUUAUGGGUCAGAUUCCGGCGGGCACCGUCGGCAACCUGACGGCGCUCCGGACGCUGAGCCUCCGCUACAAUGCCCUCUCUGGCGGCCUCCCGGCGGACCUCGCCAAGUGCUCCCAGCUUCGGAACCUCUACCUCCAGCGCAACCGCUUCUCCGGCGAGAUCCCGGCAUUCCUCUUUUCGCUCCAGAACCUCGUCCGCCUCAACCUCGCCGGGAAUGACUUCUCCGGCGGUAUCUCGCCGGAUUUCAACAACCUCACCCGCCUUGCCACGCUCUACCUCGAGAACAACCAGCUUUUGGGCGAGAUCCCGGAGCUGAACCUCCCGAGCCUGUCCCAGUUCAACGUAUCAUUCAACCAGCUCAACGGAUCCAUCCCGUCCAAGCUCCGGAAAAUGCCGGCAGAGGCGUUCUUGAAGACGGGGCUCUGCGGCGGACCGCUGGGCCCCUGUCCAGGCGAGAUCUCGCCGUCGCCGGCGGCGGAGGUUCCGGCGGGCGUGGAGGCGGAGGCGAAGCACGACAAGAAGAAACUCUCCGGCGGCGCGAUAGCCGGGAUCGCGAUUGGAGCCGCCGCCGGUGUUUUAAUCAUUCUCAUACUGGUGGUCCUCCUCUGCCGGAAGAGGAGCAGCAGAGCGGGCAAGACGAGGACGCUGGAGGCGGCGGUGGAGGCGGGUGGGAAGCCGCUGGAAGUGACAGCGGCGGGGAGGGAUAAGGGGGCAGGGGAGGGAGGGAAUGGGAACGGGACCGGCUCUCAUGCGGCUGCGGCGAAGGGGGAGGCGGCGGGGAAGAAGCUGGUGUUUUUCGGGAGCGGGGCGAGGCCGUUCGAUCUGGAGGAUCUAUUAAGGGCUUCGGCGGAAGUACUGGGGAAGGGAACGUUCGGGACGGCGUACAAGGCGGUGCUGGAGAUGGGGACGGCGGUGGCGGUGAAGAGGCUCAAGGACGUGAAUCUUCCCGAGAAGGAGUUCCGGGAGAAGAUCGAGGCCGUCGGCGCGAUGGACCACCCCAAUCUGGUGCCCCUCCGGGCCUACUAUUACAGCAAGGAGGAGAAGCUUAUUGUCUAUGAUUAUAUGCCCAUGGGCAGCCUCUCCGCCCUCUUGCACGGGAACAGAGGUUCUGGUCGGACCCCCCUCGACUGGGAGACACGAUCCAGCAUUGCUCUUGCAGCAGCCCGUGGCAUCGAGUACAUCCACUCGACGGGCCCUUCGGCUUCUCAUGGCAACAUCAAGUCAUCCAACAUUCUGCUGACGAAGUCAUAUGAAGCUCGAGUGUCGGAUCAUGGGCUUGCCCACCUUGUAGGUCCAACCUUGACCACCACCCGUAUUGCUGGUUACCGUGCUCCCGAGGUCACUGAUGCCCAGAAGGUCUCCCAGAAGGCUGAUGUGUACAGCUUUGGUGUGCUCCUGUUGGAGCUGCUCACUGGCAAGGCCCCUGCACAGGCCUUCCUCAAUGAUGAGGGAGUCGACCUUCCAAGGUGGGUGCAAUCCGUUGUUCGAGAGGAGUGGACAUCGGAGGUGUUCGAUCUGGAGCUGCUGAGGUAUCAGAAUGCGGAGGAGCAGAUGGUGCAGCUACUGCAGCUUGCUAUAGACUGUGCUGCUCAGUAUCCAGAUAAACGGCCCACAAUAUCGGAGGUGGUGGUCCGGAUUGAGGAGAUUCGUCAUUCCAGCAUUCAAGCUGUAGACCGAGGCCAGAGCAUCAAUGAUGGCAAUGACCAGUCCUAAAGGACUGACCCCAAGUCCUCUGGGUCUGAGACUUAAGUUAUGACCAAUCGCUGCUAGAAUGGACUCAUGGGUGAAUGAAUCUGUUGUCUAAUUAUUGGUUGGGAGCUGAGAGGUGGUUCUUUUUCUUUCAUUUCUUAUGAUUAAGCAAAAUGUGCAUGCUGUUUUUCUUUUUCUCUUCAUUCUAUAGCACAUGUUAUUGUUUUUCUUCUGUUUUUCAGAAGGGGAUGGACGUUUGUUUCCAGAAUGAAUACCUUAUGUUGAUGUUGUUCAUAGUUUCUUAAGGAAUCCUUUUUCUUCUUCC